AGAUGCAGCAAGUAAGUGUAGACGACACGAAUGCGGUGUAGUAUACCUGUGACCUGAUAAACCUACGUGAGUGGAUCCAAAAUAAACGUGUUGUGUACAGUAUGUUAUUUUAUUAAGCAGUUAUAUAUAAUACAGUUUUGUGAGAGUGUUUUAGUGUUUUGUGAAUGGAAUUUAUGAUUUUCUACUACAAGGUUAAAGUGCACGAUUCCCGCAAUAUAGUUUUCUCGUGCAAAACACGUGGAGUUAACUGUUUCGAUUUCGUUUGUUGACAGAUAUAGACUCUAUAUACUGCCUUAUUGACAAAGAACAGCUAAAUCCAACCACUGGGCAAAUUAGAUGUCUUAACUGCCUGGCCACAUGAGGUCACCACUGUGCCCUAGUGCUGCAUGGAAGUGGAAGAAUGAUCAACAACUGUCUUUUGUUUCUGGUUCUAGGGCCUUCCUUGUACUUAAUAGCUGAGGGUUGUGGUCGUGUGCCAGCCACGCCUGCCCCUUCCACCCCCCUCACACCCACUGAGCCAACCAUCAAUGGCAGUGUCCGAAAUGUUGAGUGCACAUCGGGGGAGGUGAACAGAACAGCCUGCCUUAACGGGGGCACCUGCUUUGCUAUGGAGCUGAACAGUGGAGAAAGAGUUGCAGCUUGCCACUGUAAGAAUUUAUAUACGGGUCUGCGAUGUGAAAAGAUCGACACUGACAAUCUCUUUCCAUCCCAAGAUGACCCUGUUUCACGGGCUGGGAUUGCUGCCAGUAUUGCUGUACUCAUCAUCAUAGUGGUCGUGUUCAUUGUCGUAGCCAUACUAUACUACAGGCGUAAGCAAAGAGUCGAGAGGAGCUUCAAGAAUGCCAAUGGUACACUGCUGAACAAUGGAAAUGGGGAUCAUCUACCAGAGAGCCAUAUUCCACCACGGAAUAUGAACCCAUCAGUGUACAGUACCAACGGAAAGGGAAUCUGUAGAAAUAAGGAAGAGGGUCAACUACUAUUUUCAGACUAUAGGAAUGAACUACUAAUUUCAGAGUAUAAAGUGACUUCCGUAUAGUACAGUGAUUUUCAUUGGUGGCUUUGUACAUUUGAACCUAGUGCCUAUCAAUCAUUCUGAUUAGUCAUUAUGACUUUUUCAAUUACAUUGUAUUGUCAUUGCUGAGGUGAUGACAUCUGACAUGCAACGUGUACAUAACAUCUCAGUCAUUGUAUGAAUUAAUGCUUGUGUUUAUUGAGCAAUUGUGUUGUAAAUUGGGUAAUUGGUUUUAUGAAAAUGUAUUAGUAGUAACAAAUUUGUGUUAAGAAUUAAUGUUUAACAUGUCACAUGUUCCUGUGUAUCUUACAUUAAGUCAAGUUAUUUGUGCAAAAAUAAUCAAAUACAAAGAUAUAAACCUAGCAUUUAGUAAACUGUUUACAUGUUUAUCUGUGUACAAGUUCUGCUUAAAUCCCCCACCAUUAGACUAUGCUGCAUAUGAAUGGCACCAUGUGGUUCUUUCAUAACCUGCGGCCAAUGUAGCUUUAGACCAACCAGUACGUCCACUCAGUCUGAUCAGGAGCAACCCUGUCUGCAAAUGAGACUACGAAACCAUGCAUCACUGGAUUCUAAAUUGUUACUUAAUUAAUAGUUAAGUAAUUAAUAGAAUUGUGUGAUGUUAAGAAUUGCAAUUGUCAUUAUUUAUAUCAACAUAUGUGUGAUAAUCAAGAUAACUUGUCCUAUUUGCAAUCAUGUAAUUAUUAAAAUGUUUUAGUUCAUAAUGUUUCUGUACAUAGAAUGAUGAUUCUUUUUAACUGCUGCUCUUAAAUUGUAAUCAGUAAAUGACAUAUCAUGUAAACAUGGAAAGUUUUUUUUAACAUCCAUUAUCUUUAAAGUUGGGUUUCUUAUGUGCAAGGAAAUCACAUGGCCAGUGCUUCAAAAUGUAUAUAUGUAAAAGAUAUAUUAGUAGUAAAACUUAUGCAACCCUAUCAAAGACUAUUAUUUCGCUACACAUUUUAUUCAAAAUUCAUGGGAUUUUAAAGCGUUACUUUCCUCACAGAUUGUUGAGCUAAUUUAUUGAGUUGGAUUUCUUAUCUACAAAAAAAAAAUAAGGCAUGUGCUAAAUAAUGUUUUGGAACUUGUAACAUUUAAUGCUAUUGAAGAACUUUUUUAGCCUGACAACAUAAAUGGGAUAUGUACAGCAUGUUUUGUAUACUAUUAAAGGGUCCAUUGUUUUAUUCUGCUUUUUAUACCCAGUACUUUGUAUAUUCAUAAUAACCUACAUAAAAUUAUUAAUGAGAUAUUAUGUUCAUUGUUUUCAUGUUAUUUAUAAAUGCAGUCAUGGUUACAACAAGACACACUGUGGAUAAUGAAGUAAUGUUUUGAAAAAGGAAAAAAUAAGAAUGUAUACCUACAUGUUGGUGUUCAUAUAUUUAUACUCAAGGCAGUUGGCUACAUCAAAGGCACACCAAACCCUGUAUAAUUUUAAUACAAAGCUCUGGAGGGAAAACUUAUUUAAAUUUGAUAAAUUCAUGGAAUUUCUUACUAUUUUUUUAAAAUUAAUUAAUAUUGCUUAGUUACUAAGUGUUAUAUACUUUAGUCAACAGGACUGGUAUCACUGAAUUCGCCGAUACAUUUUGGUCUGCACUGUUACACUUUCAUAAUAGUUGCAUCAUUUAAAGUUAUUCUUAUACAAAUUUAACAAUUGGAGAUUUCCCUAUGGAGCUUAAAGAAUGGUAUGUUUUCAUCCUUCUGCAGCUUUAACCUGAGACAAAGUGCAUGACUAUCAAAUUAGUGUACCGAAUCAGAUGUAGCUAAAAAUAAUAAGUGCAUAAUUCCUUCAGAGUAUAUUCCAUUAUUCUAUUGCUACUCGAAGUAAAACAGUACUGACAAAGAAAUCUCUAAAUGGAUUAUUGGUGAUAAAUCAUUGAUUUGUUAAUGCUCUCCUUCAGUAUCUAGAACUAUGAUGUAAUUUUAUUUUUAAUUUAGUGAUAUACAUAUAAUUUUAAUUAAGUUUCCUUUGUUAAAAAAGAACUUAUAUUUUUCUUUCAUUGGAAUGGUUAUACCUAAAGAAUCCUUUAGUGAAAAUUAGUCUCAUUUUGAUAGUUUAAGUCAUACAAUUUACCAGUAAAAACUUGUAAUUGAUAAGUUCAAUGAAUUUGUAUUUUCUAUGUGUAAGGCUUUGAUAACACUAUAAAUUAUGCUAACCAUGUUCUGUUGGUCAUUUUUGUAAAUUCAGGACUAUUGUAUAUAGGCUUAGUCAUUUCUUCAUAACAGCAAGCAUGGUUAUGCUCUUAAGUCACAGCCAUUAUAGAUUUUUACACAUGUUUAUUGUUAAUGUAUUAUAAUUUAAUUUUAUUUAUUUAUUGGUUACAUUGUAGGGCCUUGUUUCUUUAAAUAUUUCCUUGUUUAAGAAAGUUUUCUGUGUAUGUGUAUUAUUAUUAUGUUUGUUUUAUCCAUAGAUUUUAAAUAAAAAUGGUGACAUCACUAGUUUUAAACCUAUGUCCAAACAUAAGAAAGAUGUUCUUAUUUUUAAUGCAGAUUUUGAUGAAAAAAGGCAGUUAACAAAUCUUUAUUGAAACUCAAUGACUUUCAUAAAAAUGAAACAGAAUCAAUUGUAUGACUGAUCUGUGCACAGUUUCAAUUGUAUGACUGUUAUGUGCACAGUUUCAAUUGUAUGACUGUUAUGUGCAGUUUCAAUUGUGCCAAAUGUGAUUCUUUUAAUUUGAUGUUUGUAUGAAGCAGUAUUCAUCAACGGAUUCUUAGACUUAAAUAGUCUUAAAAAUGUAAUUUACCUACAUGAAAGACAAGUGAAGUAUAGCAGUGUACACUUUUAUUGUGUAAUUCUUUGCUAAGAACAAUAUUUUAAGCAUUAACAUAAUUUUUUAUGCAAACGUGCUGGUAAUGUUAUUGACUCUAAGAAUAUUCUCUAUUACCGGUAUUCAGUCUAAGAAUUGUUUGGUUAAUGCUGGUCAUGGUCUCAGGAGUUAAAAAGUCGCUACAAUAGCCAUUGGGCUUAUAAACCCUCUACCACUUAGAUGUGUAUUUUAAUGCUUUUGUAGUCCCUGAGAAAGUUAAAUUUAAUGUAAGACCUUCCUUACUAGAUUCAAGUUUUAAAGGCUUCAUUUCCAACCCCUAGGUACUGAUGAGAAGCAAACAGCAUAAAACCUGGACAGACUGCAAGUUACUUCCAGGCUGUUUUGGUUUAAUGCUGUUUGCACAUAGCCAUUUUCACUUUGCUUCUGAGUGGGAAAGGGUUAAAAGACAGACAUUUAUAUUGACGUCUUUUGUAUCCUUAUAUUUGAGCCUCUCUUAUGUUUUAAGGCUUACUCAAACCCGACUUGCAGAAAACUUCAAUUUCGCAUUUAAUUCAUUUGAUACCAGUAUUAAACACUAUUAUGUCCAGAAAUAUUAAAUGAUGUAUACAUGUGUUUUCACCUUAUGUAAGCUGAAAAAUGCUGUUAGUAUACACAGUUUUAAAGGUAUGCAUGCGUUAUUUCCAGCUCUUAAUAAUGAUACUAUCACCCACACAAAGGGCAUGCUAUUUUUCCAGCCAUCUCUGGUGCUCUAAUGCAUGCAGGCAAUGUUCUUGUUUCUAUAAAUUACUUUCAGCUGUUAAUUGGUCUAGCACCCGUUAUGUCCAUUUUAAUAUGUUCACUGAUGGCAGGAUCAUUUUAUGUUAUAAUCAAUGUGACAGAAUAAAUUAUUGAAAGAGUAA